CUCAUAUUAUAGAACCUGAUCCAUGUGGUGCAGAUGUCAUCGCCUAUUACAAGUUUGACCAAUCUUUUCGAGACGUUUGCUUUGGCCACAACGCUCAGAAAUAUUGGGGUACCCCUGUACUGGUCCCAUCAACAGGCAUAUCGAAUGGAGCAGUCAAAUUUCGGGGUGACGCUUUAUCAAAACUCUAUGUACCUAGCCUAAAUGGUUAUGCAUGGGGAUCGAAGUUCUCUGUUAGCUUUUGGUUCAAAACAUCAAGUUGGGAUUCUAUUAUCCGAGGUCUUGUCAACAAUGGUCGGGUGGGCAAUGGAGUUAGCAGUUCAGUAGGUAGUUGGGAAAUAUAUAUUAAUACUGAUAAUUCUAUUGGUGCAUCAGUUGUGACGUCACACUCGGCAAAAACCUGGCCUACGAUAACCAAACACGUUUUUGGUGAAUGGCAUCAUCUGGUUAUGACGUACGAUGGCAAAACUAUCAAUUUUUACCACAACAGCCACCUUAAGUUAACCGACUCGGAGUGUUGCCAUGGAAAUAUCGACAGCAAAAAUAGCGACGUUGUGAUUGGUCAUAGUGGAAGAUAUGUCUAUGGCAUAAAUGAUUUUACAGGCUACAUUGACGAAAUGAAAUUGUUCAAAAAAGCUUUAACCGCUCACGAG